AUGGACAAUUUCCGAGAUGCGUGGAAGUGGAACGAGCCCGCGAUCGCGUCCGGCGCGGCGGCGAUGCUCUCCCUAACAGAUCCCGUGCAAGCUCUGACUUUAGUAUCGUCCGAUGCAAAUAUUCAGGACCACUGUGGUUGCGCGUGCAAAGGCCGAGGCGGAGGCAUCAAAUUCGCCAACUGCGAGGCGUGUCGCCGCGGCCCCGAACGAGUCGUGAGGGCCGCGGUGGGGCGGUGGCGGGGUGGCGGUGAGGCGGCGGUAGGCACAGCUUUCGGCGAGCUUACAAACAAACAAACCUGUUCACCGCCCGCGCCCCUCGCCCUCCCCCCGCCCCCACCUGCCGCGCCCGCGCACAUUAUCCGCUUAAAUGCA